AGUGGCAAGACAACCAAAUGGAUGCGUCGCUCCAAUGACCACCCAAACCUCCAUCACUGUGUCUGCCAAAUGCAACACAGCAAAGAAUCAUGCAGUGACCUUGGGUUCCUUGUCCUGCUUGGCCUAAAAGAAUCCAAUCCCCCUCCGAUCCCAUUUCUCGUGUACUGUGAAUCCCAGAGCGAUGCCAAGUGGAGUGCCAACUUCCUCAGGUCACGAGUUUGCACAUCCCUCCAAGAGAAAGUUGUUUGGGUUCACUCCGGGAUGUCAGAUGGACAUAAGUUGCAGGUAGUCAACUCAUUUAAGGAAGGGAAACUCAUUGGACUUACAAGUACAGAAGCAUUGGGACUGGGCCAUGAUCUAGCAAAUGUGACCUGUUUGAUUCAGUUUGGUCCACCAGAUAACUUAAACACAUUGACUCAGCGGUUUGGAAGAGCUGCACGAAAUCCGGACAUUUCGGCAAUCAUUGUUCUUCUUGUGCCGAAAGACUACUUUGAG